ACACCGAGGUCAGCCCGGUCCCAUGGCUGAGCUCUGAGCCCAGCCCGGAGCCGGCGGUGGCGGACAGCCCCCGGCAGGGGUUUGCCUGAGGGGACAAAGGCAGGACUCCAGUGGGGAGAGGUGGGCGAAAGAAGGGCGGCGGCGGUGCCGCCCUUUGGACCAGCUGUUGCGAAGCUCCUGGCCAGAGGGCUGAUCCCCGAGCGGCUUCCCCUCGGGGGUCUCCCCCGAAAAGCCGGAGCCCCUAGGCUGUGGCUGCCGCGUCCUCCGCGGCGGGGGGAGAGGUGGGGCGAGCAUCCCCCGUUGGCGGGUGCGCGCAUCCGUCUGUAGCUGAGCGUGUCGGCGCUGGCGCGGCGUGCCUGUCUGUGUCUGUCUCCGUGCCUGUCUGUGUCUGUCUCCGUGCGGGUGCCUGCGUGUGUCUGCGUGUGCCCCUCUCCCCGUGUGUGACACCGUGCCUGUGUGCUCGCACACCUCCCUCUCCCGCUCUCUCUCCCGCGUGUCUCCGUGUCUGCGUGUCCCUGUGUGUGCGCGGGGAGAGCAGCGCGGAGCCGAGCGCGGCAGCAGCGGCAGCAGCAGCAGCGGCGCGGUGCCCGAGCCCCGCGGCCGGAGGAGGAGCCGCGCCGGGAGCCCCGUGGAGCCGCCGGGCCAGCGCGGCCGCACCGAGGCGCAACAGGCGGAUGGCUGCGGGCGACGGGCGCUGAAGGCGAGCGGGGCGAGGCGGAGGGGCAGGGAAGGGCAGGCGAGGAAGGGCAGCGCCGGGCAGAGCGGGCGGGAUGCGGGCGGAAGAGCCGCUGGCGCUGGCGGCCCCGCGGGCGGACGGCGAGGCGGAGGCGGAGGCGCCGGGCGAGGAGCGGAGCGGCAGCAGCUGCUGCAGCAGCGAGCGCCUGGUGAUCAACAUCUCGGGGCUGCGCUUCGAGACGCAGCUGCGGACCCUCUCCAUCUUCCCCGACACGCUGCUGGGCGACCCCAGCCGCCGGGUGCGCUACUUCGACCCGCUCCGCAACGAGUACUUCUUCGACCGCAACCGGCCCAGCUUCGAUGCCAUCCUCUACUACUACCAGUCCGGGGGGCGGCUCCGCCGGCCAGUCCAUGUUCCCCUCGACAUCUUCCUAGAGGAGAUCCGUUUCUACCAGCUGGGCCAGGAGGCUAUCGAGACAUUCCGGGAGGACGAGGGCUUCAUCCCAGAGGAGGAGAAGCCUCUGCCCCAGCACCACUUCCAACGCCAGGUCUGGCUGCUCUUUGAGUACCCUGAGAGCUCCGGGCCAGCCCGCGCCAUCGCUAUCGUCUCCGUACUGGUCAUCCUCAUCUCCAUCGUCAUCUUCUGCCUGGAGACCCUGCCCGAAUUCCGCCAGGAGCCCAAGGGACCGCAGCCUGGCUUCGGGGAGGCUGUUCCUCUCGGAGAUGAGGCGCUGCUGCUGCCGCCGCUGCCACCGCCAAGCGGGACCCCUCCGCCCCUGCACCCCGCCGCUGGCUCCGGCCCAUUCUUCACAGACCCCUUCUUCCUCAUCGAGACCCUGUGCAUCAUCUGGUUCUCCUUUGAGCUCCUCGUGCGCUUCUUCGCCUGCCCCAGCAAGCCCGAGUUCUCUCGCAACAUCAUGAACAUCAUCGACAUCGUGGCCAUCAUCCCCUAUUUCAUCACCCUGGGCACCGAGCUGGCCCAGCAGCAGCAGCAGAAGCAGCAGCCCGGGAGCAGCAGCAAUGGGGGCCAGCAGCAAGCCAUGUCCCUGGCCAUCCUCAGAGUCAUCCGCCUGGUCAGAGUCUUCAGGAUCUUCAAGCUCUCCAGGCACUCCAAGGGGCUGCAGAUCUUAGGGAAGACUCUCCAGGCCAGCAUGAGGGAACUGGGCCUCCUCAUCUUCUUCCUCUUCAUUGGGGUGAUCCUCUUCUCCAGUGCUGUCUACUUUGCAGAGACUGAUGAUCCUGACUCACUGUUCACCAGCAUCCCUGAUGCUUUCUGGUGGGCAGUGGUGUCCAUGACCACCGUGGGCUAUGGGGACAUGUAUCCCAUGACCAUUGGUGGCAAGAUUGUGGGCUCCUUGUGUGCCAUCGCGGGUGUGCUCACCAUUGCCCUCCCUGUCCCUGUCAUUGUGUCCAACUUCAACUACUUCUACCACCGAGAGACUGACCAUGAAGAGCAGUGCCAGUACACCCAUGUCACCUGUGGCCAGCAACAGUCACCCUUCUCUGAGCCCAAGAAGGGGGACAGUAAUCAGUCCCUCAGCAAAUCUGAAUUCCUGGAAGCAGAAGACCUGGAGUCCAUGAAAUAUUCCAACUACAUUCCUCCCAAUAACCAGGGAUAUAAAGAGAAGAAAAUGCUGACAGAAGUGUGAUGGGUUUUGUUGUCCUGGGUCCAGACACAGAGCUGCAAGCUGCUGUUACAGUUGUCUUCCUACAAGCAGCUGGAUCUAUUCAGCAUUUACAUGCCAGAUUGUGGAUUGUGAUACCGUAAACAGAAUGAUUGUGAUAAUGGGCUCUUCUGGCCUGAUUUGCUGUUUCUCAUUACUGUGUGCAGCCAGAAAUGUUCUUGCUUUAUUCCGUGGAGUGCUAGCUGUCAUCCCCACUCCCUUGUGCAUUUCUUUCUCUGCUUUUGAUGACUGCUUUAAUCCAACAUUUGCUCCGAAACCAAGUCUUGUAACUCCACUAGCAGAGAAGUCCUUGCCACUACUUCAGCAGAAGCAUUCAGCAGAGUAAACAGUUAAAGCAGCUACAAACAUCUGGCUCGAGCCAUGCUCUCAGUCCCUGUGCCAGCGCAGUGCCCUUGGCUGUGGAAUCAGUCACGCCUGCCAUGCCAUUGCCUUUGAAUAAUGGAAACGCUGCAGCCAGGAUCACAGGGAGCUCUGCAGCUGUAGGGGAAAGCCGGCAAGCAGAUACCUGCCUUCUUUGCAACCCUUGGCAUGCUAAAAGAUCGUCCUGGUUUGUGUUUCAAAAAAAAAAAAAAAAAAGUGCAUAAAUCUAAAAGCUCUUUGCUAUUUGUGACCAUACAUCAUGUAUCAAAAACAAGCUUAAAGCAGUCAACAGGCUUGGUGAAGAUUCUCUGUGUUUUGAGCUUAUCUCAGCCUUAUUUAUGUCUGAUGUUAAUUGGCUUUUAUAGUACCAACUUAAUCUUCAUAGUGGUAAGUGCCUUCUGAUGCAAGGCAUGUUUGAGUAAAUUCAUUUGUUAUCUGCAGAGUUCAUCUUCACACAAUAGCGUUUAAUGAGAUGUGCUUUGUGCUUCAGAUACCCAGCUCUAUAUUCAGGCAUGGGAGAGCAGUUGACACCGCUGCUUUUUUUAAUUGAGCAUUGUGUAGCUGAGGGAAGUUUGCAUGUUGGCAUUUUGUUGAUGUGGCAGGAAAAUCCCAACCACAAAGAGCUGUGCACCUGUGCUGUGUGAGGAUCUUGCUGGUUUAGCAAGUCAGAGGCAUAAAAUGCUUCAGGGAGAGUGUGUCAACACUUGAAACUGAGACUGGCACAGAUACAAACUUCCCUAAGCUGUUUGCACAAAGCCAGCAGCAUCCUCCAGACCCUUUGAAUGAGAGGAGAAACAGCAAGCCCUGAAGAGAUGCUCUUGCUGUAUUGCUGGCCUAGCCAGUUCCUGGUAUUUCAUGGAUAGGAGUGACAGCAGUGUUUUUGUACUUGAUUUUAUGAGAGCAGUUUGUGCCAGCCAUGCAAAAUAUGCAUAGCUUGGCCUGCAGAGCCGGGUUUGUCAAGGGACCAGAGAUUUCUAUCUUCAAACACAUGUUUUGCUUCCCAGAUAAUUUCAUUAGUUCAGUCAGCUCUGCCUUACACCUAACGUUAAAAAUGUUUCAAGCUCUGCCAGCAGGUGAGAAAGAAAAAUGUAUGCUUUCAGAUUCCACUGGCAGAUUUUCCUGCAACGAAAAGUCCUUCUUGUUUGAAUUCUAAGUGUUUGUUCUGCAUUCACAUGUCUGCAUGUGUACAAAAGCAAAGGCAGCCAUUAAUGCCUUGCAUUACACUGUAUGAAAUGCAUAUUGGAACGUACUACAUAUUGCAUGGGGCACGUGUAAUACAUAAACCAAACAUAAUGCCAAGGUGCAAAAAUACAGAGAAUAUAUUUUGUAUAUAUAUUGUGCUUUCCAGCCAUAAGACUAAGAAUGCUAAAGGCGUAUCAUAGAAUCAUAGAAUGACCUGGGUUGGAAGGGACCUUAAAGAUCAUCUCUUUCCAAAGAAGGACACCUUCCACUAGACCAGGUUGCUCAGAGCCCUAUCCUUUAAUAUAGUCAAAACUGGCUAUAGAACUGGUUGUGAGGUGGGAUCUGUUUGCAUCUUCAUUACUCUACCUGUUCUCAGUUGUCUUGACAUAUGGCUCCAUGCCUAGAGUGCUUUUAUUGUGGCCUCUCUCCAUCCUGGCCCUGCUCAUAUGGUAGAAGUUGUUUGUGCAAAUCCUAACUACUCAAUUUCUCCAGAGUCCUCUUGCCUUCUCAAAUGUUUUUAGUGUGCAGGGAUCUCCCUUGGGGUCAGCACACAACCAUUAUAUUAGAACCUUUGCUCUCUCUUGCUGAAAUCAGUAGGAAAAUGCCACUUCUCUCAGUCUGGGAGACACAAGUUUGAUGUGGUGAGGACUCAUAGCUCAGAGGGGUUUGCCUGAAUAAAGCCUAAUUUAUCUUUGCUUCAUGUGACUGAGGCAAAGGUUCGUGAAGGUCUGAGCCUUGGGGACCACUCUGCAUCCCUUGACACCUGUAAUCAGCUGGUGGGUAAAUUGUCCUGGUGAAUAAGUGGGACUGAGGGGCAUGGUGCCACCUCUGUUGAUUUUGUGUAAAAGUUGUCCAGUUCUUAGUGUGUCGUAGUCUUGGUGGUGUUCUUAGUUGUGUUUUGGGGUCACCUUAAUGAAAUCUUUACUGUGAGGUCAAGAGAGGGUCUGUUCUUCAAGUUUUCUAUUGCAUGAAACUAGCAAAAGAAGCUGCUAUUUAAGAGGGAUGUUUUGAGGCUGCUGCCCUCUCCCAGCUGAAUGCCCAUGUUUGGGGAUAUUUUAUGCCUGAGUCUAUCAGCUGAUAAAAGCUCCCCCAAAGUAAGAUAUAAAAAACUCAGGUUGAACACAAGUUCAGGAGGAGUCAUGAGACACGCUGAACCUACGUCAGAAAAUUCCUGGUCUCGUUUCUCCCCCUGGGCCUGGCCCUGUUGGCCCUGCCAGGCAGGAGCCCUCCCUGCCCGGAACAGGUUGUUCUGCUGACCAGCAUGACAGACAGCUGGACAUGGAGACUCUAGCAAGAAAAAACGAUCACUGGUAGCACAAUCCCAGCAUGUCUUACACAGAUCCUCUUGGAAAGAGGUGUUCUGCCCUUGGGUGGAAUCCAGCAGUGAGUUUCCAGUGGGUAUUGGAUUCUCCCACCCACAGAUCGCACCCAAGGUGUAAAGGUAUUUUGUGGUGAGCAAGGCAGCUCUGUGCAGUUUUUGUGAGCCACUUUUGUCAAUUCUGAAAAGAAAAGGGCACAUGAAAAUGUGUAAAGCAGGAGUGUUGUUUGCACCCUGGGUUUUCCAUGUUGGCUCUAAGGGAAAUACAGACCGCCAACAGAAACAUGGAAACUGUAACCUUGGGACUCAUCUGGGACAUGUAAAUCCUUCUCAAAGCACCUCCUGAAAAGCAGUGAAGUCCCAGAGCAUCAGUAAUGCUAUACGUUACAGAACUUGUGGAAUCUGACAUUUUUAAAGGAGCCUUCAGAUUUUUUUUUCACGUGACUGAAAUGACACAGUGGCACCCAUUAACUUUAUCAGAGGUCUCAUGCCACUGAAUCAUAGAGAUGCUUUCAAAAACCUUAUCUCAAGUUCUCAGCGCUUAGCACUCCCCCCAGCUGCUCAAAAUGCAAGUCAGUUUCCUUCUGAAGGUAGAGCACAUCCCUGUGAAGCCAAGUAGGCACCUCCAGGGACUUGUUUCCAUAACAACCUCCUGGACUGUUUUUCUCUCUCUGUGCUGUGAUUGUGGCUACAAGCAAAAGCACUCGUUGGAUAUUUUGUGUUCAGAUAUCAGCACCUUAUCUUUACAGAUGUUUUCUUUGCCUACUGGAGCUGAUCCCAUCACCUUAUAUCAUGUACAGCUGCCCUGUCCAACUUCAGGUGGGCAGUUUCCAGCCUAUGAAAGCAGGGAGAGCAAACCUGGAGAUGGAAAGAGAUUUUAUUUGUCCAUCCACACAGAGUUGAAGAGUGUGUGAAAUACAAUCUGAGCAGUCAGCCAGGGAGCUGAGGGGCAACUGGUCUGAUGUAGAGUCAUCUGGGUGUCUGGUGACAAGGAAUACAGGCUAAAGCAUUACUUUAAAGAUCCAGAAACUCCUCUUGCAGCAAUCUCACUAGGAAAUAGUUUUACAGUGGAAGAGACUAUUGCUCCUUCCAGAUCCCCUGGCUGGUAUGUUACAGUUGGUUCCCCUGAUCAUUUUCCCACAGGAUGUUUUUCACCAAAGCAGGACAGGGCAGAAAUUGUCUCUUUGGAGGUAGGCAAAAAAGGAAGAAAAGGAAGAAUUUUACUGAGGACACAAUUUUUUUUAUCCACACAAAGGUCUGGAAGCACGGAAGGCAUGAAGACCUGUUCUGUGGUGUUUUACUGUUGGACUCUUGCUCUUAACUCCAAGAUGAAAUUCCUGUUCUGCUCCUUCUUGGAAAACAUUGGAAUUCGGGAUUUUUGAGUAAUUUUCUGUUUGGGCCUUUUGAUCCAGCUUUUGUGGAUAAAAAUUCACUGCUACAGCAGGUGUGGAGGUGAAGGUGGCUGAACUUGGUCUUCUCUCCUGGGUCCUCUAAUUCAGAGUCCCUAUGGGAUAAAGAAGAGUGAGUGUCAAGAAAAUUCAGGGCAGCAAGAGACAGGGUAAGGAUUGAAGUGUCUUCCACACGGUGAUGGCAAGAGCAGCAUCAACCCUAAAAGCAAAGGAACAAGCAGAUCCAUCAUCUGCUGCUAUUGCAAAAAUAGGUCCUGUUUACAUCAGGGAAAGAUCUGCAGAUUACAGCAGGAGUCAACCACAGCUUUCCCAAAAGCUCUCACCUGUCUCGAGUCCAAAAUUUCACCUUCCUCAGAGGUGGGUGCUGCAGUGCUGCACUGAACUCCUGCUACACGGAAAGAUGUGAAGAUAAUUUGGCAAGUCCCCCUGCUGGUCCUGCAGGGGUGGUCCCUCCAUGCUGUGACAGCUCUGCCUGCCAUCAGGUUGGAGUGAUCUCCUGGCUGGAGAUCAGUGUAGUGCUGGUGAGGGACGUGUCUGACUCCAUUCCAGCCCUUGCUCAAGGAAAGAUGAAGUUGGUGAAGAUGGUUUUGCAUCUCCCGCAUUCUGUGUCUGGUUGGAUACCAAGACUAAACAGAGCCAGCUUGGGCACUCUGCAGUGUGUUACCACCUUCCACGAGAUCUGUCCUGCUCCAUAAUGGGCACUGUAUGUAGGAAUGCUCAGUGGCAAUCUCCAAAUUACUCUUCACUCAGCUUUUGCUUGCUUCUGGACUCGGGAGCCACAAAGCCCAGAUGAUUCUUCUCUCCCCUCUGGAGGGAAGUUGCUGUCCCAAACCCCACUGCACUAAAGUGAGUGGCACAAAUGCUGCUGAGGAGCUGUGUUUUGGAUCCCAUCAUUACAGACCCCAUCACUGCCAGCCUGCACCAGCAGUGCUCCAAACCUGCAAUGACAUGUGUAGAAUUGAGAUUGCUCUCAACUACAGGUAGAUGUAUAAUGUCCAGGCAAUAUCACAUAAAUCAUCUUUUCACCCCAAAAAAUUAAUCAGAUUUGGGUUACAAUGAUGCAAACCCCUUUAUCUCCCUAUCACCACCACCUCUCCCCCUUUUGUAUUUAUUAAGUAAAACUUAAAAUGCUUCUAUUAAUUUUUUUUCCUAUGAAAAUGUCUUUUUUAUCUAGCAGGUAGCAAAGAUCUGAAGGGAGGAGUGGUCAUCUCACCUGCCUCAGGCUGCUGCAGGGGUCACUCCUCAGAACUGUGAAUGGGUGAUGGAGAUAAAAGCAUUUCUGGUCAGGCUGCAAACACAGCCCUGGCCUCCACUCUUGUAAAUACUAAUUUCAUAGCUUCCUUCUGAAAUCUGGGAUUUAGGGAGCCCCAUCAAAAGGUGAGGCCACUCCAGGGCUGUGUCUGUGAGCCCCAGGAAUCUGUCGUCCUACAUUUUUUCAGUCCCUUGCGUGGUGUUAAAUUUUGUGACACCCUCUUCAGUUUGACUUACUGCAGAUAAGAUAAAGAGGGUUUUUUAAACCAUUUCGGCUUAGGGUAAGUUUGGGAGAAGGUUUUUAGAGGGUUAAUUAUGAAGGCAUAAACUGUGCAAGGCUGACCAGUUCAGCUGCAUCCACCAUAAGGGCCCACAGAGUAUUAAACUGCAUCCGUGGCAAUACAGGUAUAAAGCAAAUGUCAGGAAGGAGCAGCAAGGAGGUCUAUAAAUUUAUUAAUUUUAAGUUCAGAAUUUGUAUAUGCUGUCAUAAUUGGUCUGUUAAAAUUAUUUUCCUAGAAGUGAAUUAGUGAUCCCAGUAGAUAAUACAGUUUGGGGAGUCAUUGAAUUAGAAGAAAUGAAAUCAAAGACAGAGUAGCAUCUCUUCUGUUGAAUAACUGUGGCAGAAACUGUGUUGCAGACAGAUUGAAUGCUGACAGUUUAUCAGAAUUGAGUGAUAUUCACUCAUGACUUUCAAGGGAAAUUGUGGAAUUAUGUACAGCACUUCAUUCACUUAAUCCUCCAUUGUUGCCUGCAGUCUGCAGAAUAACAAAGGUGGUGGUGACUUUCUUUAAAACAUUUUCCUUAGGUAUUGCAGUCUGGUAAAUUUAACUUCUGUAGAAGGACAAUUAAUUGUAUAACAAGGAAUUGAAUCAAUGAAUGCCUGAUAAAUACAAAAAAUGUCCUUCAUAAAAGUCACCAUAAUUUCUGUUAUGGAAGGUUUUGCUUUAGGACACUGAUUUCUUUGGAGAGAUAAACAAGCACAGUGGUAAUGGUGAGUAUCCUUGUUUAGGUCAGAAGGUUUUAGAGUGAAAUGUCCAGUCAUGGGAUCAAAAAAGAAGAUCCUGGAAUGGUUAAAAAUGGGAAACAGUGAGCUUCUAGGUUUAGGUGGUCUUCUUGUUGUCAUUCUUCAGACUUUAAUAUUAAGGCAGAAGUUUGGCAGAAACAGGAAACUUAUGUCUAGAUCAAAGUCCGUUCAACUUCUACAGUUUAAUGGUAUUAACUGGUGUUAUAUAGCUUUGACCCUUUGGAGAGAUCUAGAUCUGACUUUUCCCAAGCUCUGAUGGAGUAAAAUAACUGUUUCCCAGUCUUUUAUUUGCAGAUACUCUAAAUAUUGUUGGUGGGGAUGAGAAUAGCAGUACAGUAAAUAUCAGCUUGCUGACAACCCAUUAUUUUUUCUUUGUGACCUUUAUGGGCUCCUUAAAACUUGUCCACAGACCCUUAAAGAGUCUUGAACUAUAACUCAAUGGACAUUGGCUGCACUGUGUAGAGUUCAUCCCUAAUUUUCAAAUUUAUUGCAGGCAGAAGACAUCCACUCCUGGAAAAGGAGCAAGUAGUCACAAAGAGUGAGAAGUGAAGAGUGAAGCUCAUGAAUAAGGAAGAGGUCAUGUUCUCAGCAGAGAAAUGUGACAACCCUGUGUCUGUUUCUCUUUGUGAGCUGGUCAAAUCUGUGUGAAGUGUUGAGGUUCUUGGUGAAACCAUCAGGUCUGCACAGCACUCUCUCUUUCCAAAGGGGGAAAUUAUAUUCCAAACCCCAGACAAAUCCAAGCCAGUGUGGCUGCUGUCUUUGCCUUUGAGUGGAGUAGACAAACUGUCUGGGUAUCGAUUUUGUGCACAUUAACAGCUCCCUAUAGCCCAGGCCAUUUGCUGAGUAGCAAUUUGCAUACUCAUAGAGGAAUCAUUUCCUUGUUUAUUACUGGAAAAAAAUCACCCUUUCCAGUAGGUUUUGAUACUGCGUUUCAGGAAGUCACUUCCCAUCCUAAACUUGUUAUAUAGCGAUGUGUAUCUAUAGCUCCUUCCAAAUCAACCAGGUGCUGUUUGCCUCCUGCAGCUGCUCACUUUGUGACUUCUGAUUGCUCUGCACACCCCACACAGGCCUGCCAUUCCUUUAAAUGUCCACAUAGGAAUCAAACCUGGGCAUCACAGAAGGAGGGAAGAAAGCUCCCAGGGCUUUUCAUCCACCCACAUUCCUGACCAAGCUGCAGUUCCAGACUGGAGGCAGCCCCAGGUGUCAGAGGUACAAAUACACUGUGCUGUAAAGGACUGAGUCUCAGUGAUGCCUUUGUCCUGUGCAUUCUCAGAAGUGGCCAUUCCAGCAUCUACUGAUCUGCCCCUCCUCUGAGUAUCCCUGAAGCCAGAGGUCUGGAGAAGUUUGCAAGGAUAGCUUGCCUUACGUUUGCUGCACAGUAUUGUUGUUGGGACAUCAAAGGACAUCAUAGGACUUCCUGGGAAAGUGGCUGCAGUGAGUUGAGCAGCACAGGUGGAGGUGGAGCCCUCCCUAGAGGCUGUGCAGCCAGUGACCUUCAUCCAUAUCACUGAUUUCACCUGUGCUUGCAGAAAACAUUGGCACUGUUCUCAUGCAUGCCUGAGAUUUCUGAUGAUGUUUUAGUAAACCUGACAUUCCAAAGUCCCCUCUGCUGUAGUGUCCAAAUUUUGGGGUCUGAUCUUUGCUGUGAAGGGGGAUGAGACAGCCCCAAAUCCCUUCGUCCUUCCAUGCCCCUCUGGGUACCCUGUAGGGAGCAAGUUCCUCCUUUCAUCACCUAUUGUGUAGUGCUUCCUUUUCCCCUCAUGAAUAGUCUUUACAUUGCAUUAUAUCCUUUGAGCUUUCUCCCUUCUAACUGGCCCCUGCCUGUUCCCAGCUCUGAC